AUGCAUUCAGCAGCGCUCACACACUUGCCGGACGUGUUGCCAGUGCGACUACCCAACUUGGACAACUGGGACUCGGACGAUCUCGUUUCCGCGUCAUCGGACGACCUCUCGUCGUUCAUCGCGGACGCCCCGAAAGAUCGCGCACCAGCAGCCAUGCACCGCCGACGCCGACGUAACCGCGCGCUCGAGCUCGAGCUCACGAUCACGGCGCUUCAGUCGCAUCUGGCGGAGCUCCAGCGCCGCCACCGGAAGGUCCGACGUCCGUCCAACAAUGCCAUGUAUGCUCUGGCAAAAGCCGAAGGCAUGGCGCUCCAGCGAGCGAGGCGCAAGAACGCUCAGCUCCUCGACGCUCUUUGCGAACACAUGCGACUGCGACGGCUUCUCCAGCGCCACCUCCUUCGACAAACGUCAACCACGAGUAACUCGACAGUGCAGCAUCACGUCGUCUUUUACGUCUCGUACAGAACUGGGCUUCAAGACGUUUCCUGCUCCGUCAUGGUCUACCACGACGACGCACCAACUUUUGGCCAAUGA